UGCAAAGUCAGAGAUUUACAAAAGAUUGACUGAGAAAAUGGAGUUUGUUUCUUCAAGGAAGCCUUUUCAUUGGGAGGGAGGGGCAGGCGGUCAAGUAGGACGAGACUAUGAAAUAAUAGGAGAUCCGAGGCCAGGGAACAACAUGUCUGCUUCUUCUAGUGCUUCAGGAUCUACGAGAGUGGAAUGGCCGCUCUUCCCCACACCCACCAUAUCUUUAUUGCAAGUUAGCGGCUAUGAGGUCUACAAUGGUACACCAUAUUACAGUAUAGUGGUCUGUAUGACGGGUGGGUUUAGAUGGUCUGUUCUUAAAAGCUAUGACGAGUUAGCUUAUCUUAACAAGCAGCUUGUUGAAGAGUUUGCCAUAGACAAAAGUUUGUUCCCCCAACGUAAGAUGUUUGGUAGUCACAAGAAAGAGCAGAUUGUUGAAAUACAGAGUCGUCUGAGUGUUUACCUGGGGAAACUCCUGCUUCAGUUCUCUCUACCUCCUGUAAUCCUCUUACGGUUCCUUGAUUACAAGUUCAGUGAUGUUUUGAGUAUUACUGAAACUCUUUCAGCAUUGUUCUUUGAAAAAGGUGAUGAGUUCCUCUCUACUAACAGUAUGGUGGCAUUCAGUCCUCUCCAGCUCCACUGUGUCUGUAAGAGGAUGAUAUUACCCAUUGUAUCGGAGCAGAGAGACAUGAGAUAUGAGUUUGGGCAUUUAUUGGAGUUUUUGCAACACUUGAACAAAGUUAAAAUAUGUCCUCCCAGUAAAGAGUUGUUUCCAUUGUCUCCAGCAGUUGAGCUUGUCUUUGACCUCUCAGUAAUGAAGUCCCUUGACACUCUAGUGCUCAGUAGUAUACAGCUCCAUCAGAUUCAAGGACUCGGUAACAUUCCAGAGCAGCUGCUCACACUGGGAGUUCACCGCUCCAUCACCUCUUUAAGGGAUAUUCUGAAGCACAAUUGUCUUGGUGUUGAUGAAGCAGCUUCAUCUGAUGGAGGAUUCAUUCAAUGGAAUAAACUCAGAGUGAUGGACCUAAGCUAUAAUAAUAUCACUAGCAUUGACACCAGCUUGACUUUAUGUCCAAACCUUGAGGAGCUGAACAUAAGCAACAAUUUAAUACGAGACAUCGACAACCUCUUAGAUUUGCCACACCUAAGGAUUCUUGAUUUGUCCCACAAUGAGCUAUUGAACGUCUCCGACCUUCAUUAUCGUCUUGGCAACAUAACGACACUCUGCCUGGCACACAAUAAACUGAGUUCUCUCUCAGGAGUUGAAAAGUGUUAUUCUGUCGUGUGUCUUGAUAUACAGUACAAUCUCAUUUCUAAAGUUGGUGAGAUGAGUAGACUGGCCUCACUCCCUGUGCUAGAGCAGCUCAUGGUCAAAGGGAAUGCCUUCACUUCCUCUCCUUCUUAUAGACAACAGGUCUUCAGCUUAUUACCCAGCACAGCUCCACAGGUGUAUUUAGAUGGUAGACCUCCAAGUAGAGAUGAGUUAGAAAUAUCAGCUUCACUUUCUGUCGGAGAAAUUAAGAAACACUCCAAAAAGCAAAAGAAGUCAAGUAUUCGUAAUGCUGAUAUUAAUCCUGAUAUCGGAGAAGCUUCUAAUGACAGGUCUCCAGGUAUUCCGUCUCUCUCAGCUGGUACGAGACUGAGCAUUGAAAAGAUGAGGAGGGAGGGAGGGGAGAACUGGCUAAAGAUGCUGAAUGAAAGGCCAAUUAACAGUCCUGGUAAAGUGAAGAAGAAGAGGAAGCCAAGAAAAGAUGAUUUUGAAAGUAGUGGAGGUAGUGAUCAGUUAUCGUCAGAGACACCUUCUUCUGGUCUACCGUCAGUUAAGCUACAGCAACUGCUUGAAGGAAGAGAUUGCAAUUCUCCCUGGUCCUGUACUGCUACUGUCCUACAGUACAGUAGAGACUUUAAGCAGUUGAGUCAUCACGGCAUUGAGAGACUCCUCGCUGAUAGUUCUUGUGAUUCGUGUCUCCUUGAAGUCGACGUUAAAGUCGGUCGUAUCAUUGAGGACUUUGCAGUUGCUUCAGGUACUGGAGGAAACCGAAGGACAAGAGACCUUACAUUCUUGAAGGAGGUUCGCUGUCAUGAAGGUCAAAAGUCACUAGCAAUUGCCAUUGAGCUCUCCUCCAUGAUGAGUCACACUACCUGGGUCGUAUACUGCUUGAGGGACUAUCCAUCAAUUGCUGAUCUUUAUGUGCUGCUGCAGAAAAGACUCCAGUCAUCAGAGGUUCCUGCUCCUCCUUCUCCUGCGUUUUUAUCGAAGCAGCUGUCAGCGGCUUCAGAUGAAGAGCCUGACAAUGAGAGGAGCAGGCAGUUACAGACAGCUGGUAUACUAGAGGAAACUGACGAUAACAAACUCCUCACUACAACUGAUCCACCACAAUCAGAGGAAAGAAGUCAUCACGAAGAAGAAGAUGACGAUGAAGAUUCUUACAAAUCGUUAGAAGGCGGAAUCACUGAUCCACUCUCUCUCGCUCAAUCCCCGACCAUUCCUGUCGAUAGUUUAGAAUAUUUUGUAAGAAAGUCUUCCCAACCUCCACAAUCACCAGAAAGACCUCAACUUGAUGACGACAUGUUACUGCAGUACUUUACAAAUCAGAUAGCAAAGGAGAAGGGAGAGAUGUUAAUGUACGUCUUGUGGUGUGGAAUAUCUCUCCCUAGCUCAUUCCCUUACUCAUUACAGGGAGCCGUCUUCAUAUCUAAUCAAUCUCUGUAUGUGCUGGAGGUGAGGGAGCAAGGAGAAGAGAAUGGCUACUGGGAGAGCGAGUCUCUACCUCUAGUAGUCCUCAUAUCCGAUCAGUUGGAUCACUUGUCUCGGGUUGUCAUGACUAGUACUUUAAAUCAAGCUCUCUAUAUUGAGCUCCACAGCAGGUCUCCGGUCUGGAGUUUCGUCGUAUUCCCUCCAACUCCUGACAUCUCCACUCAGCUCUUUGAGCAGCUCAAGGCAGCACUUGAUGCUGCCUCUCUCCAUUACACUGUGAUGGGUACACAUGAAGCAAAGACAGCUUCCGGGUUGAGUGGAGUAUUGUUUGUUAAACCUGAUGAUUUCAGUGUCAAGAGAUUCAAGCAGUGGCUCUCAGUCUCCAAGACACAGGUACGUCUAGGGAACUUCAUAGCAACCAACAAGAACAAGAGCCUGCUGGGUAUGUACGAGAUGGAGGUCAAGCAAGGUGUCCGUGACCUCUCAGAGUCUAUUAGUAUCGUCCAUCAGUUAGCUGUGAGCUAUGUUUCCAGUGAUAUCCUACCUGGAUGCAAUGGGGGCAGUUUCUUGCACCCACUGAUACUAGUUUUAAUCAAUUCUCAUCUUAUCCUUUGUGAAGAGGCUUUCAUCAGUGGCCCUGCUCUGAGAAUGACUCAAGCAAAGCAUACCUUCUCUCCUCUCAAUAUAGUCCAGUACAUUGCACUGGAGGAUAUCAAGGAAGUGGCUAUCUGUGACAAGUUGAGACCAAUCACUGCUUCAUCUUCUGUUCCUGACGUUCUCCUUCAUCACCUCACCAUCUCUUUCUCUGACUCGUGUCUCUCUCUAGCUGCCUAUGAUCUCCAUCACUUGAAUAGCUUCUUGGGUAGUUUGAAGUUGCAUUGGAACAGUGUCUGCAAUAAAGAGUUGAGUAUUGUUAGUGUUAAGACGCCACUUGAGUCAUUCCCCAAUCCACACAGCCCCCUCCCUUUCAUUGCUACUCAAAUGCAGACUAAAGCAAAGGGCAAAGUCUCAGCCCCUUUGUUCUUUAAGCACUUACCAUUAUUAAGAUUUGCUAAUCUUCCCCACUGGGCCAAACUGGAUAUAUUCAAGGAGCACAUAGCCCAGGCUGACUUCAUGAAGUCAGAUGAGACUAUUCUUGCUUCAUUCUUAGCUCAUUCCCAGCCUCACCUUGAGAGGAGAUUAGAUGUUGAAGUGUUUGUCAUAGUCAGUAAUUAUGCGAUGUAUUUCCUCUCUGAUAUGGAUGGGAUAAGGACAUGGCUUGAUGCUGGAGGCAUAUCUUCAUUUGCUCGUAUGUCCCUCCUCAGUUCUCAUAAUGAUACUCACCUCCAAUGCUUCUAUCGGUUGUGGCUCUCAGAUCUCAUGAAAGUUGUACUGGGCCCCCUCCUUCUCUCCAUUCGUCUUUAUGACAGUAAAUCUGCUAGUCACAUUGAUGUACUCACUAACACAGCACAGGUUACUAGCCUGGUCCUCUCUGCACUAGCAGCUACUGUUGGUUUCAAGGAGAAGGUCCAGGAGAAAGAUGUGGAGCAUUUGUUGGAGGAUUUUGUUGACAUUACUGAUGAUCCUUUUGGAGAGCACACUCCAGCAGGUCCAGUAUCUCCAAUCAAGCAGUUUGCUAAGAGACUAGCGACAGAGCUGGUACUGCCUAGUGAUACAUCUCUUAAUGAGCUCAAGCUUCAUCUGGUUGAGUCUCAUCCUGAUGUAGCGAGAGGGUCUUCAGUUAAAACCUGCUCUGAGAAUAUCCAAAUACUUCUGCCUAAUAUAAUGCUGUUAGCAGAGCAGGUUCGUCUUCGUGAAGUACAGACCGUUCUCUAUCGUCCUCACAUGAUCUUGCUAACUAACUUUGGUCUCUUUCUUUGUGCCAGUUCCCUCAAUGCUGACGUCACUCCAACUCUCCUCGUCCUCUCUCCAACUCAGCUUGUCGUCAAAAGAUGGAUACAUAUUGAUGAUAUACAGCGUGUCCAAGUUGCCUAUGAUUCCCAGUAUUGCAUUACGCAGCUCCUCAUCUUCACUCGGGCUCACAGCGACUGUGGGAUUGCUACUCACAUUUGUAUUGUUCCCUACACUUCAGUUCAUGCUGAGAUGUUUGUUACGCUCCUGGGGAUGGUCUGGAAGGAGAGAAUGGGUCGAACUCUUCCUGUUGAAUCCUCUCAAUAACGUGAAUAAUAAUUAUCCUAUAACUUUAUAAUGUUUUUAUGCACACGUGCACAUUUGCAUGCAUACACAAACAAGCUGUGUCGCUUAAUUGUUAUUAAAACUGAAUUUUUGAAAAUAAGGUAUAAAAAUUUA